AGUUCCCAUUGACAAGUGCAUUAAUUCCGCUUGUCAUGACAGUUGGACAAUUUAUUAUUUUGUGCGAAAUUUUGCUAGUGGAAUUUAUUUUAAAUUAAUAUCUACGUAUUUUCUCUCCAGAAAACUUCUAUAGUUAAAUUUUAAUAUUUUAGCUUCGCCCAAACGUUUGAACACAACUUUAAGUGCACAAAAGCCAUUAUUGACUUAGCGUUUACAAGAAUUUUCCUCUAAUUGUGAAAAAGCUAACCAAACAACAAUGACUAUUCAUCAAUUGAACGAUGGCGGUAUUGUGGAGAAUUCCUUCCCUGCUGGCGCUCUAGUACCUAAAGCCGAAACUAAUGUUUUGAAUUUCUUGCAAAAGUAUCCCGAAUUUGAUGGACGUGAUGUUACUAUAGCAAUUUUUGAUUCUGGUGUCGAUCCCCGUGCCACCGGUCUAGAGACUCUGUGUGAUGGCAAAACCGUAAAGGUUGUUGAACGUUUCGACUGCACCGGCUGUGGCGAUGUGAGUGUUACCAAAAAGGUUGUAGCCGAUGAUAAGGGUUUUAUAACCGGACUCUCUGGCAGGCAAUUGAAGGUAACGCAACAAAUGCUUGAUAACAACACUGCCCCUAAUAAGGAGUUCCGUUUAGGCCUCAAGCGAUUUUAUGAUUUAUGUCCCUCUAAAGUACGUGAAAAUCUUACUAAUGCUCGUAAGCUUAAAGAAUGGGAUGGUCCUCAUAAAACAGCUAUUGCUGAAGUCUCAAGAAAAAUUAAUGAAUUUGAAGCACAAAAUCCAGAUAAUUCCAAAUUGAGCUGGGACAAGAAACUAAUUAAGGAAGACUUGGACAACACUUUAGAAUUGCUCAAUACUUAUGAAAAGUAUUAUCCAGAUAUAAAGACUGCUUACGAUUGUAUACUUUAUCCUACGGAUAAUAGUUGGCAAGCUGUAAUUGAUAUUACAGAGAAGGGUGAUUUAGAGAAUGCCUUACAUAUCGGUGAAUACAGCAAAACAUAUGAAAUCAAAAAUGUUGAUGACUAUUUAUCCGUCUCCAUUAAUGUUCAUGAUGAGGGCAAUGUUUUGGAAAUUGUUGGAAUGUGUU